GCUGUACCAGGACCAGAUGCUGGGGCUUCCAGCAGUGCAUCCUCUAGCCGCCAACUGGAGGAACGCGUUGACCACGUAGUGGCAAUGCUAGGAGACAUAAGUGCCUUCAUAGAGCCGGCCACCAUCAGCCAGCGGUUCGAGCUGCUGGACACCAAGAUCAGUCAGCAACAGCAGACCGACCACAACCACAACAACAGCUCGGCGAGGCCAUACAAGAUGCCGACGUUCCGGAUCGAGAAAUUUGAUGACUACACACAUCAAGACCCGGUCGUCUGGUGGCAAGGAUUUACAACGGAGUUGGGGAUUCAGGAGGUCCCUGACCAUCUGUUCAUCAGUGCUCUCUGGCUCACGGAUUGGCAGAAGAUCGUGGCAACGCCCGAUUUGGACUUGCCAUUUCCGCAUCUGCGGCCUGAGUUCUACAACAGGUCAUGCGCCGCUCUCAGCCUCGCACUUGGUGAUCGCGAGCAGUACAGCACUUUCGCGAAGAUAAUCAACAAGGCGAGAGAGCUCAUCAAGACCAACAGGGCCGCUGUGCACGAGAAGUCCACGUGGCAGCCAACCUAUGUGGAGAAGGUACGAACUGGUCCGCGACAGCAACAGUUCGCUACAGUCCAGUCGAACAAUGGAGAUAACCCAGCAGCCAGUCCAGCAUCAAGUGACGGAGAUCAGGUGGCUGCUGUCCAGCCGCGAAGCAACAACAAGUCCCGCAACAAUGGGAAGGCGAAAUCCGCAUCGCAGGCCGGGAAUGGACAGCCAGUACAAGUUCCAUGGGUCAAGUUCGGCUUGACCGAGGCGGAGUACAAGGUCUAUGGCCGCUACAGCAGCUGCUAUUGGGGCAACAGCACCAAGCACAAGACCUCCCUUUCCGCGGAAGGUGAGGCGACUCCACCUUCUACUCCGCCAGAUUCGGCCGCCUUGCUAGCGGCCUCCUGCACAUUUGGGGAAGAUGCGAAUGUCGCAGGUACUCGUUACACUUACGAGGACUAUGCUGUCCACUUGGUUCCACCGCUGGACCAACCGCUCCAUGUGCAACAAUCUACCGCAUGCACGGUUUCAUCACCAUCGGCAACCGAUUCGGCAGCUUCGCCGCCAUCUAUCGCCGGGGAUUCAUCGUCGUGUUCAAGACUUGAGGUGCUCGACCCACUGACGUUCACGGACUUCCAGUGGAUGCCCGCUCCCUCGACCGGACGAUUGCCGAGACCGCAUUGCAAUGUGCUUAUGGCACAGCUGCGAGAUUACUUGCACACUGCAGGACCAACUCCGUUGAUGGACGUCGGAGCAGAGGUUGUCGACCUUCACGCUUACAUUGCGAAGAUCGACCGCGAGUUCAAGACGCAACGGUACGACGACAUCGACGCACCAUUGCUAUAUGUACGCAUUCAGAUCGGAGAGGCGACUUGCAACGCCUUGAUCGAUUGCGGAGCAUCUCGCAACUACAUCAGCCAGGACUUCAUGGUGCGCGCCGGCCUUGGCCCACGCGCCCGGAGGAAGUCCCAGCCUACGCAAGUCACGUUGGCGGACGGUCAUACGCACAAGUCCAUCGACCGGUGCAUUGACAACGUCCCAGUGUACUUUGCCCCUCACGCAAGUGAGGCGGUGUCCUUUGACAUUCUGUACACCAAAUUUGACAUGAUCUUGGGCAUGUCAUGGCUGCGAAGCGAGGAUCAUCCGGUGAACUUCUUCCACCGCACCGUUUACAUUCGUGAUUGGAACGGAGUAUUAGUUUCAUGCACGGUACCUCUUCCUCAUCCUUCGAUCAGCUGCCACGUGGUAUCCGCCCCAAGCAUGCGAGCUUCCAUCAUCAGAGACGACAUCGAGGAGAUGUGGGCGUGUUUUCUCCACGCCCUCCCGCCCCAUGACGCUUCAUCGACGGACUCACCUUCGGAUCCACGCAUCAUCGAGCUUCUCGACGCCUACAGCGACAUGUUCGAAGGCCCGCACCGAGUAGUACCGGAUCGGCCCAUCCGCCACGAGAUCAUCCUCGAGGACGGGGCCGUACCUCCACGCGGUUGCAUCUACCGAAUGAGCGAGGAAGAGUUAAGUGUGCUUCGGGCACAGCUCGACGACCUUCUGGAGAAAGGCUGGAUUCGGCCUAGCUCAUCGCCAUACGGUGCUCCGGUUCUCUUCGUCCGGAAGAAGAACAAGGAUUUGCGGUUGUGCAUCGAUUAUCGCAAGCUCAACGCGCAGACGAUCAGAAACGCCAGCCCUCUCCCACGCAUCGACGAUCUUCUCGAGCGACUGGGCGGUGCCAAGUUCUUCUCCAAGCUCGAUCUCAAGUCGGGAUAUCACCAACUCGAGAUUCGCAAGGAGGACCGUUACAAGACCGCGUUUAAGACGUGAUAUGGGCAUUUCGAAUGACUGGUUAUGCCAUUUGGCCUUACGAAUGCCCCGGCCACUUUCCAAGCGGCUAUGACAACGGCGUU